AUGGGACUCAUAGAGCAGCGGGAGACGGACGUCCUCUUCUGUUGGUCGCUCUGCAAGUCAAAGGCCCUUGACAUGAGACCAGACAAGGCACUGGUGUGCCUGGAGCAGAAGGAGGUUGACUAUGAGAUCGUGCCUGUUAAUAUGGUUGCUGGUGCCGAUAAGCAGCAGCCUUUUCUAUCUCUUAAUCCCUUUGGUAAAAUCCCUGCAUAUGUUGAGGACGAUGCAACAGUACUUUUUGAAAGAGCUAUCACAGACCACAUUGCUUCCAGGUAUAAGGAGAAAGGGACGGACCUCCUAGGGCCUGAGCUUGGUGGGAUAGCCAUUGUGGGCUUGUGGAUGGAAGUUGAAGCCCACCAGUUCGACCCGCCGGCCUUGGUCUUAAUUCUCGAGAGCGUCAUGAAACCGACCUUUGGCAAGGUGCCCGACGAGGCCCUGGUCCGAGCUCAGUGCGAGAAGCUCAACAAGGUGUUUGAUGUAUAUGAAGAAAGGUUGUCUAAGUGCAAGUACCUGGCUGGAGACUACUUCUCACUGGCUGACCUUCACCACCUUCCUUGCCUCCACUACAUCAUGUCUUCGCCGCACUCCGGCCUCAUUACGUCGCGCCAGCAUGUCGGACAUACUAGAAGAAGGUCUCUGAGCCCAUGAAGUUUUGAUUGAAUCAUAGAAGCAUGUCCCUCUUCAUGCAUCCACUUGCUCUUGGUGUUGGUGUGUUUGUGUGUUUUUCGGAUUGGUAACAAUAACAUUAUGUAAAAAUUGUGUCGCUAUGCGGACCUCGAGGUGUUUUUCGACUGCCUUUGGUUUGAAAAUUUGUUAAAUCCUAUGCACGAACCCUGUGGUUUGAAUCCUUUGUGAUCAGAGUCGAUGGGAAA